AAUGUAACCCGAAACUCAUCAAUUGACACUAAUAGAUCUUCAGAUAUUUUUCGACCCCAGGGGAAAAAGACACAAGUACGGGAAACAGCGAAAGUACGAAAUCUUUCCGACCAAACUCCACUUCAGAGACAACUUCAAACCGAGAAACCAAUUACACGAGCAGCAAUGAGCGGGUCCCACCACCGUCACCAUCUCCUCCAGCUAGUCCUAUCCUGCCGCAAGAUCACGGCGCAAGUGACUCAGCCAGGAACAUCCACCAUCAUCGCCAUGGCUUCCUCCUCCGAGCAAGAGUUCCUCGCCCAGAGCCGCGCCAACCUCUACCGGUUCCCUCGCUCCAACAACUUCUGGGACUCCAAGACGGCCUCUCGCGUCGGCGAGAAGCUCGCCCUGCGUCUCAGAGACCUCGGCGUCGACGCCGUCUCCGUCGACUCGGAGGAAGAGUCCUCGCGACCUGUUCACCACCGUAAAAGGGUUUUGCCCUUGUUCGACUCCGUCCGUCGUAGUGGAAUCAGAGUCGAUGGUACUGACCAGUUAAACGAUGUCGUUCCUAGAGAUUGAGGUUUAAGAGAUUUUUGCAAGAACUUGUUAUAACAAUUUGAUUUCAUACCUUUUGAUUCUGGUUUUCUAUGCAACUACUAUUUCAAAUCAUCAUCAGCAUUAAUUUUUUUUUGAUUCUGUAAACAUAAAAACUUCUCUGGAUAUUUAAAUGGAGAAAUCAA